AGUUUCUGCAGUUAAUUUCCCUAGGUCCUUCGCGUUACUGUUUUUGAGUCCCGCCUACUCUCCGCUCCUCUAAACCUUUACACAUGUCUUAGUUUAUUUGAAGCCUUUGAAGUUGAUAGCUCCUGAGGCCGGCUGCGGAAAGACGGUGGCUCGGUUAGGACAGUCGCCAGGGAUGGCGGAACGUGAUGAUGGAGCGUGUGUCUGGACUGCUCUCCUGGACGCUGAGCAGAGUCCUAUGGCUCUCAGGCUUUUCUGAGCAGGGAGCUGCCCGGCAGCCCCGGAUCAUGGAAGAGAAAGCGCUAGAAGUUUAUGAUUUGAUUCGAACUAUUCGGGACCCUGAAAAACCCAAUACUUUAGAAGAACUUGAAGUGGUAACAGAGAGUUGUGUAGAGGUUCAAGAAAUAAAUGAAGAAGACUAUUUGGUUAUUAUCAAGUUCACGCCAACAGUACCUCAUUGCUCUCUGGCAACUCUUAUUGGAUUGUGCUUGAGAGUAAAACUUCAGCGGUGCCUGCCAUUCAAACACAAGUUGGAAAUCUACAUUUCUGAAGGAACUCACUCUACAGAAGAAGACAUCAACAAGCAGAUAAAUGACAAAGAGCGAGUGGCAGCUGCAAUGGAGAACCCCAACCUACGGGAAAUUGUGGAACAGUGCGUCCUUGAGCCUGACUGAUACCAUCUCAAGAGCCAGAGGCCUAUAAGGAUUCAAUUUAUUUGUUUAAAUCCUUUGUAAAAUGUAGAGGACUCAUGUUGAAUAUGUAGGUGAUUUGUACAUCAGACCUUUUUUUGUUCUGUUUUGUUCCAUUUUUGUUUUUGUUUUUUUGUUUUUUUUGAGACAGGGUUUCUCUGAGUAGCCCUGGCUAUCCUGGAACUCACUCUAGAGACCAGGCUGGCCUCCAGCUCAGAGAGAUCCACCUGCCUCUGCUUCAGAGUGCUGGGAUUAAAGGCACGAGCCACCACUGCCUGGCCCUCAGAGCAUUUUUUUAAAAGGAAUUCUUUCUAAGCAGAUUUCAGUUAUGAGGUAGAACUUAAUUGUUCAGUUAGUAACAUUCUCAGGAUUUCUAACUCAAGUGAUCAGACAGAAAAAUAUUUUCUAGUUCAUUUGUGUAAAAUGUUACUAUUUUUCUGAUGACCAUUCUGAUACAACUGCUUUUCAUGUCAAAUAUCUACUGUGCCCAAAUGUAUUUGAUUUCAAUUAUCAUUCUAAAAUAAAUACGACAGGUGAUUCUUACAA